AUGGAGGCGGCGUAUUCGAUUGACAAGGGCCUGCCGGAUCCCCUGUCUCGUCAAACACUGUCGUUUGCAUCGAGGACUCUCGCUCAGUUCAAUGGUUCGGCGACUACUUUGUUAGAUCAACCGCCGAUAUUCCCCAGAGUGCAACAGCAUCAGCCGCCGCCGUUGGUGCCAGCCAAUCCACUUCAGAGCCCAAAAGGUGGACUUGAAGGAUUGCAGAAUGGCCAUGUGUCCCUCGAGACGAAUGAGGAUAGAGGUUCGGAGAGCACCGAUCGACUGUCCCAUGAGCUGGACUGGGAUACCAACUACAGCACGCCUAACGAGUCGGCGACCUCAGUCUCCCUGGUCUCGUCCAGCAUCCCGCAGCAGCACAACAAGUCUGCGUCGCCGGCUCCCGCAUUACAUGGCUCCCUGGCGUCGCGGCAGACUCCAACGGCAGCGGCUAGACGGCCCAGCAACAGCGCUGCCAUCGCUACGACGACCACUUUAGACCUAUCACGAUACCGACCGCGGUCGUCGAUUCCAUCGAGGUUGUCGACUGGCAUGUAUGCCCAUCAAUGCAUCAUGGCGGCAUACGCGUGUCGAUUGAAUCCAUACGCUCUGCAUAAGAAAGAGCAGGAAGCUCUGCAAGACCAUCUGUGUCAUCUUCAUGUCACCGUCUACCUGAACAUCCGAAACGGCAUCCUCCGUCUCUGGACACGCAACCCUAUGGUGAGUGUUUCCAGGGAGGAAGCUCUCGGCUGUUCCAAGGACUACCGUUGGAUGAACCUCGCCUCCUUUGCCUUUGAGUGGCUGGUGCGCAAUGGCUACAUCAAUUUUGGCUGCGUCGAGAUCCCGCUUCCGCCCGUGCCCCCCAAGAAAGGCCGCCGCAGAGAAGGCCCCGUUAUUGUCGUUAUUGGGGCCGGUGUCGCGGGCCUCGGCUGUGCCAGGCAGCUGGAAGGUCUCUUUCGACAUUAUCGUGAUUCCGAUACCUCGCCGCGGGUCAUCGUGCUCGAGGGUCGACGCCGACUCGGCGGCCGCAUCUACUCGCAUCCUUUACACAGUUUGAAGUCCGCAAACUUACCUAAUACCCUCGUUCCUAAGGCUGAAAUGGGCGCUCAGAUCAUUGUCGGCUUCGACCAUGGAAACCCCCUCGAUCAGAUCGUUCGCGGCCAGCUGGGCUUGCCGUACCAUCUGCUGCGUGAUAUUUCAACCAUCUACGACACAGACGGCUCACCUGUGGAUGAAGUCCAGGACGCCAUGGACGAGAGACUUUACAAUGAUGUGCUUGACCGUUCGGGCGCCUAUCGCCACAAAGCGCUGAUCGUACCUACCGCCGAGGGUGAUCGGAAGCUAAUCGACGCUGGUCGUGACGUCGCUGUUGACGAUGGCGUCACGGUCAGACAGUACGAAGAGGCACGGGCAGCAGGCACAAUCGGUCUGUUGUUCCCCGCGAAGCGCGUGCGUCGUGGAGUUUCCCAUAAGACAGCCGACCUGAAACCUACAAGGGUUCCCCCCCCUACCACUGUUGCCGAUACAGAAGAGCCGCCUGCUGCAUUUACGUGCCAGGCCAUGGGGUGGAAACUAAACGAUGGGAUCACACCAACCGACUCAAUUGACCUCGACUCGAUAGCCAAGCAGUCCGUCCACCAAACCUUUGGGGCCGUGAUGGACGAAGGGUUCAAGCAGUACCAGCGUCUGCUACCCCUGACCCCCAAGGAUAUGCGGCUGCUCAAUUGGCAUCUGGCCAAUCUCGAAUACGCCAACGCCGCCAAUGUAGGCAAGCUCAGUCUGUCCGGCUGGGACCAGGAUAUGGGCAAUGAGUUCGAGGGUGAGCAUUCGCAGGUCAUCGGCGGAUACCAGCAGCUACCGUACGGGUUAUGGUCGCUCCCGGAGAAACUUGACGUGCGCACAAACAAGAUUGUGACCCAGAUUAGCUAUGACCCUACCUCGUCCGCCGGACGGCCAGCAGUUGUACACUGUGAAAAUGGCGAGACUUUUGCCGCGGACAAAGUAAUUCUUACGACAUCGCUGGGCGUGCUAAAACGCCAAAAAAUCAAGUUCCAACCUCCACUGCCAGCAUGGAAGACCGGCGCCAUCGACCGACUGGGCUUUGGUGUUAUGAACAAGGUGAUACUUGUCUUCGACAAACCGUUCUGGGACACCCAACGGGACAUGUUUGGCCUACUACGCGAACCACCCAACAAGGACAGCAUGAUCCAAGAAGACUACGCGAAGAACCGUGGUCGAUUCUAUCUGUUCUGGAACUGCAUUAAAACCACUGGGCUCCCCGUGCUCAUUGCGCUGAUGGCCGGCGACGCCGCGCAUCAAGCCGAAACAAUGCCCGACAGCAAAAUCAUCGUCGAAGUCACGGCGCAGCUGCGCAACAUCUUCAAGCAUGUCGCCGUGCCGGAUCCGCUGGAGACUAUAAUCACGCGGUGGGCGUCCGAUCGGUUCACGUGUGGAAGCUAUUCCUUUGUCGCCGCCGAGGCCCUGCCGGGCGACUACGACCUGAUGGCCCAGUCAAUCGGGAACCUGCACUUCGCCGGCGAGGCCACCUGUGGUACACACCCGGCCACCGUGCACGGAGCAUACCUGUCCGGCCUACGCGCGGCGUCGGAAGUGAUGGAAUCGAUUCUGGGCCCGAUCAAGCUUCCGACCCCGCUAGUCCUGGAGAAGGGAAAGACGUUUGAACCGCCCCCCGCGCCGACAGUUUCAACAGGCCAGAAACGAAAGGGGCCACCCUCUGCCGAAGCUUUGCUGGGCCCCGGUCUAGCACCAAGUGAACCUGCGCCAACACCCACCGACCCCCUCCGCGAAGCUUACGAAAAAGCCAUCCAGGCCGCCAUCCACGCAGAACUGGGCGCACCGGAGCCACGACCGGCCAAGACGGGACUGAACCCUUUCCUCCUCUAUCAGAAGGACUACUGGCACAAAUGUAAGGAGCAGAGCGACGAGGCCGCCCGGACCGCCACCAACAACCCCAACGCCCGGGCGGCGCGCGAUGAGGUCCGCCACGCGCUCGGCCAGAUGUGGCGCGCAGCCAGCGAGGCAGAGAAACAGCCGUACCUGGAGCAGAUAGAGGUCAACCGGCAGACGGGCGCGGAGGUCGAGGCGCGCUGGAAGCAACGAACGGGCGAGUGGGAGAAGCGGGCGGCCGAGAUACGUAGACGCUGGUGUGCCGACAAUCCGUUCGAGAGGUGGACUUCUCCUCGGCGCCGGUGA